CGGGCGGGGCGGAGAUGGCGGGAAUGGCGGCGCUGGCGCGGCCCGGCCCGGCCGCCGUGUCCGAGCGGAGCCGCGCCGAGGUGGACGCCACCCUGCAGACGGCCAAGCUGAACCCGGCGGAGCUGCUGCCGGCCGUGCACUGCCUCAGCUUCGGCCCCCAGGCCAGCGCCGGCGACUGCUGCCUGCUGCAGCUGGAGCCGGGGCUGUGCGCCGAGCUGGAGGCGGGGCGCAGCCUAGUUAUCCGUGGUGAAAAGGAUGAACAAGCAGUGUUGUGCAGCAAAGAUAAAACUUACGACAUGAAAAUAGCAGAUACCUCAAAUAUGCUGCUGUUUAUUCCUGGUUGCAAAACUCCAGAGCAGUUGAAUGCAGAUCCAGCAUCUUGUAAUGUUAUUCAUUCACAGAUUGCUGGUUUCUCCAAAAACUAUUGGGAAUUAAGGAGAUGUCGACCAAAACUGAAGAAACUAAGGAAGCUUUUAAUGGAAGAUCCAUAUGAAGGGCCUAGUAUUCAGAAAGAUGAGACUUUGACAUUUUCAAAGUAUACAACAGAAGAUUUGUUAAGUCUGAUUCAAGCAAGUGAAGAAGAAAUACUCCAUCACUUGCAGGUUAUAGAUGCCUGCAAAAUUGAAGGAUAUUGGAGAAUUCUAGAAUUCAACUAUGAGAUGAAACUCUUGGAUCAUGUGACUCAGCUGAUAGACUCAGAGUCCUGGUCUUUAAAUAAGGUUCCUUUACGUACCUGUCUGGAAGAACUUGGAUCUCUAGAACCCAGAGAGAUGAUAGAACACAUUCUUUUAAGCUAUGGGAGGAAAUAUGUUGAUGAUGGGGAGGUUUACUUUGAAAUGCGUGAAGAUAAAAUAUGUAGAGCUGUAGCACAAAUGCUUUUGCAAAAUGCAGUGAAAUUCAAUCUGUCAGAAUUUCAAGAAGUCUGGCAACAAAGUGUCCCUGAAGGGAUGACAACAAGGCUUGAUCAGCUUAAGGGCUUGGCUCUUGUGGAUAAAAGCUCAAGACCAGAGACCAUCUUUCUGCUAAAAGUAGAAGACUUACCUGAAGACAAUCAGGAAAGAUUCAACAGCUUAUUCAGAAUACGGGAAAAGUGGACAGAAGUGGAUAUUACCCCUUAUAUACAAGACUUGUGUGCAGAGAAGCAGACUGUUGGUGCUCUCCUGACAAAAUACGCUCGCUCCUCGAUGCUGAAUGGUGUUAAAGUUUAUAAUUCCAGAAGACCCAUCUCAUAACAAGUUCUGUUUUAUGAACUGAGGAUACUGAAGGGAGUAACAGUGAACGCUGCUUGUUCCUGCCUUCUGGGGCAAGUAAUUGCCAACCAGUGUUGUACAGUGUACUGGAGUUAGAGCCACUGAGCUUCUUGAAUGAGUCCUGUUCUCUGCUCAGCUAAGUAGAAUGUGAGGGCACUUGUGUCUUCUGAGGAACUACAAGUUCAGCUCACCUUCCUUUGCCCACCAACUUCUUUUUCCUUUGUGUCUAGUUAAGCCUGGAGUCAAGCUACUUCUUGAAUACACUUUCAUCUGUCUAUUCAGAAGCUAAAAUCUGACAUGAAUAUCUAAAACCUUGAUAAUAAUUCAGUCAAUUGAAUUGAUCUGAACAGGAAAAGGGAAGUUUAGUCUUUUGCCCAUUAGUGACCAUUCUUAAAGAUGUCAUUGAUGUUAGUGAAUAGUGCAGACCUUGAGAAGCUCAUGAACAAAUCAUUCCUGAUUGAGACUACACUGUUCUUAAUUUUGAAAGGUGGCUCUUUUUAUGGUCAUGUCCAUGAAUACCAUUAGAAAAAGCUCUUGACAUUUUAACACUUGGCAGAAUGGCUUUUUAAAUAUUACAAAAACUGCAAAUUGCACUGAAGUGUGAAUAUAAGAAAGAGCAGUUGGACAUUCAUUACGUUAUGAGCUUCCUAUAAGUUGUCAUUAAAACGUAGCUGAGGUAAAACUAGUGCUUUACAGAAGACUACCUGUGCUUUUAAAAGAGAACUUACAAAACUUUGUACAGUUAUUUUGUAUUUUUAAAAAAAUUUUGUUCUGGCAAAUAAUUGCACAAAGAAAAUUUUGCCUUGAAAACUUACAGUGGAAUAUUAUUCUGUGUAGAGUAAUGAAACAGGAGUUUUUUAUAUUGCCAUGAAGUGAUGUCCCUGACAUUGAAAUUUUGUAGUCAUUAAAAAGGAUUGUUUGUGUGUCAGUGAGCUGGAGUUUAAUGUUAGACAGUCUUCAGAUUUAUUAUUUAAACUUAACAGUUGUAGGUUAUUUGAUACAAAAAGCAUUUGCUGCAUCGAACUCAGAUGUCGGGUAUGAAAAACCUUGGAACUGCCAACAUUCCAGCUGUAGGGUGAGUGGGGAGGGGAAAGAAACUGUAAAUCAAAUGUAACUCUUAAGAUGGAUAUGUGCAUACUUGGAAUUUUGUUACAGAUAAAAAGCUGAAUAAAAACUAUUUCCUAAGCUC